GUAUGGGAAAACUAGGUGAUUAAACGAGAUAAAAAUAAAACGCGAUAGAUACCUGUAUGUACUUAAUACAUCUUACUUGCAUUAUAUAGUACUGGCAGCACAUGUGUGGCGUAAAGAUUUACGCGGGGAUUUUACUUUAAAAACGUAGCGUAUUACCGAGGUAAAUAAUUAAACAUUUGAAAUGUGAAAAAUUCCAUUUAAGACGCGUAAUUGUUUAGGUACGGUGCAGUUUUAAGGUGUUUUCGUGGGCAUUCACGUAUCUCACUUGAGGGCGCCCAUGAAAAUAUUUUGCAAUCUCGUCGUUGGUCUACUUACCUACCGUAAGUAGAAAGUAAGUUAUCAUCUAGUACAUACAGCGCUUGGAACAUUAGCAUAAAUCUGUUUCUAAACAAACAUUAUCAUGACGAGCUUCGAAGCGAUGAAUAUUUUAUGGUACUUGAUGAUUUUAUACACGGUCCAACCUGCAAUUACAGAGGAUGACCUAUCACCCCCGUGCCCCAGUCACAUCUAUUGUCAUGGGCGUCUUCUUCACACCAUUCAAAUGGCAAAGGUUUAUGAAGACUCAAAGACUUUUGUCGAUAUGAAAAUGAAGUACAGCCCAAAUGAAACGCUGCACAACUUUGACGAAUUCAUGAAAGCGUGCAAUAAUGUUCCGACAAAAUCGCAAGUAAUAGAAUUUGUUCAUGGUAACUUUGAAGAUGGUGGCCAGGAAUUUGAAGAAUACUUGCCGGUGGACUGGGUGGAGAGUCCGAAGUUUUUAGGAAGUGUUCAUGAUCCACUGUUUCAAAAGUGGGGUUCAGAUAUUAACGAGAUUUGGAAACUGUUGGGCAGACAAAUGAAACCUGAAGUUAAAGAAAAUCACCAGCAGUAUAGUAUUAUUUGGGUACCAAAUCCGGUGAUUGUACCCGGAGGUCGUUUUCGUGAAUUUUAUUACUGGGAUUCUUAUUGGAUUAUACAGGGACUUCUAUUGUCAGAAAUGUAUCAUACUGCCAAAGGAAUGCUUGAUAACUUUUUAUACAUAACAAACACUUACGGACAUAUUCCUAACGGUGGUCGCGUAUACUACCUUGCAAGAUCUCAACCUCCACUGUUAAUACCGGCUGUGAAAUUGUACGUGGACACCGUUAAGGAUUACAAUUACAUUGAAAACCAUAUUGAAACUUUGGAAAAGGAAUUCAAUUACUGGCUGACAAAUCAUACUAAAAUUGUCAUUCACAGAGGAAAACAUUACAAAUUUGCUGUGUAUGGUGAUUUGUCUAGCGGGCCUAGGCCAGAAUCAUAUCGAGAAGACGUCGAGAUGGCAAGUUUUCUAAAGGAAGAGCGCGAAAAAGAGCUGCUAUAUUCCGAAUUGAAAGCAGCUGCCGAGUCGGGAUGGGACUUUUCCAGUCGGUGGUUUAUACACAAUGGCACCAAUAAAGGUAAUUUAACAAGUACAAAAACCAGAUGGAUAAUUCCUACCGACUUAAACGCUAUAAUGUAUUGGAACGCGGCCAUAUUAUCCGAAUUUUACCAUACUUUAAACAACAUAGAAAAAGCCCAAAAAUAUGCCGACAUUGCCAACGAAUGGAUGGAAGCGGUAACCGACAUUUUAUGGCGCGAGGAUAUAGGGACUUGGUUGGAUUUCGAUUUAGUAAACAACGUUAGUAGGGAUUACUUUUCAAUUUCGAACAUAUUUCCUUUAUGGACGGGGUGCUACCCAAAGGAGCAUACGGAGAAAAUUGUUAGAUUAAUUUUAAAAUAUUUGCAAACCCAAAAUAUUAUGUAUCCAGGAGGCACGCCGACAACAAAGGAGCGUACCGGGGAGCAAUGGGAUUUUCCUAACGCAUGGCCUCCCCUACAGAGCGCUCUGGUAACUGGCUUGUACAAUACGGGCAACGAAGCUGCUCUGCGACUCGCCUUUGAAUUGGCGCAAACGUGGCUACGAUCAAAUUUUAUGUCGUUCCAAAAGACACAAACGAUGUUUGAAAAGUAUGACGCAACCGUCGCAGGUAAAUCUGGCAGCGGUGGAGAAUAUAACACACAAUGGGGAUUCGGUUGGACAAAUGGGGUAAUUUUGGACUUCUUAGAUAAGUUUGGAAAGACAGUUAGAGUUAACGAUCUUGACAAUCUUCGAAAUCAAAGUGAUAUUAAGAGUGCAGUAAAGAGGACGUCUUCGAAUUAUGGACAAAUAGCAACAGGUUUGCUUGCUAUAAUGGUCUCAUUUACUGCUGGUUUUAUUGGAAUAUCCGUAUACAAGAAGCGGGCACGAUUAAUAAGUGAAGCUAUCAGGAAACAGCAACUUGCUCGCUCAAAGUACACAGAAUUACAAAACAUAUCAAAGAGCUUAUAGAAGAAACAGCGUAUAUACACCCUUCUAUAUGGAUAAUAAAUGUAAAUAUUAGAACGUCUGUGAAAACAAAGCUCCUGACAAUUCCUAUUAGGUUGCCAAUUUGUUUAUAUUAUUUUGUAUACCUAAUAUGUUUUAUUCUGGUUUCUCAAUAUCAGAAUUAAUUGUGAUUAACAUUUUUGUUUCUUAAUUGAUUCUAGGAAUAUAAUUAGAAACUAAAUUGUAUGUUGCCAUAACUUUUAUGUGAUAAUGUAGUUAUAGACUCAAAUCUUUUAUAUGUGUGUAUACACUAUUUUUCUUGUGCCAUGUA